AGCUGCACACAAUUCUGUGAUAAAAUUUGACUUUUAGCUAAGAGAAUGAGGUGGCGCAUUUUACUCAACCGACGCAUCAUCAAUCUUCAACAAUUACUGUCUCGACUCACUCCGAAUAAUUUGCUCCGGCGCGCCGUCCGUUUGUUAUCGGCCAUUGGGGCAUCACUUAGGUGUCGUCGUUCGUCUAUCAGUCAACUGCAGACUGUAAAGAAGAUAAGUCCAGCGAAAAAAAAAACGCGCGGCGCUACUGUUUUGUUUAGUUUUAUACUGAUUUAUUUAGCCGAACAUCAUGAGUGGCAUCGGUGGCUUCCUGAUACUGCUGCUAAUACUGGCGUUUAGUAGCCGUGCGGUCGUAGAUUCAGCAAAAAUUCUAUGCGUAUAUCCCAGUCCUGGUAGAUCCCAUGUGCUUAUUGGGCAGGUUCUGUUGAAGGCGCUGGCCGAACGUGGUCACCAGGUUACAAUGGUCAGUCCUUUCAAGCUUUCAAAACCAGUUCCAAACUAUAGAGAAAUCUACGUUCCCCCGGAUGACACCGUUAGCAAAUUGACAAAAAGUUUCCUAGAGAAAAAACAAAACAUCAUUAAGAGUUUGCCUACCAUGGUGCAAAGCGGACUCAAUACCGCUAACAAUACAAUCAACGAUCCUCAGUUUUUGGCCAUCAAGAACGAGCAGUUCGAUCUGGUUAUUGCAGGGUUGUUCGUCACAGAUUUCAUCAUCGGAUUUGGUUCCCAUUUCAAUGCACCAACUGUGGCACUGUGGAGUGCUGGGCUGUCUAAAUUCACAUCUGAUUUGGUGGGGAAUCCAAGGGCUGUGGACGCCGUUCCACAUAUCUUACUUGGCCAACAACAGCAGAUGGGAUUCAUGAAUCGUUUGAAGAACUUGUUAAUAGCCGCAAUGGAAAAUAUGAUCGUCGAAUACACGACAUGGAAACAACAGCCAUAUUACGACUUCAACUUUCCUUCGGAUAAAUAUCCUAGCUAUAGGGAUGUACGGAAAAACGUAUCGCUUGUGCUGUUGAAUACACAUUUUUCAAGUAGCGGGCCACGACCCUACAUACCGAACGUAAUCGAGGUUGGCGGACUGCAGAUCAAGAACAAUCCAGAUCCCCUACCCGAGGACAUCCAAAAGUGGUUGGAUGAAGCAGAACACGGCGUUAUCUAUUUCUGUUUAGGAUCAAAUCUGAAAACGUCCGACCUUCCACCGGAAAAACUUCAAAUUUUCCUCAGAGUCUUGGGUAAACAAAAGCAACGAGUACUGUUUAAAUGGGAAACGGACAGCGUUCCCAAUCAACCGAAAAAUUUCCUAACAAAGAAAUGGCUUCCACAAGAUGAUGUACUAGCUCACAAAAAUAUCGUUCUAUUUGUGGCACACGGCGGUCUGGGAGGAAUAGCCGAAGCUAGGUUCCACGCAGUCCCUGUACUAGGAAUUCCCAUUUUCGCCGAGCAGUCUUCUAACGUGUGGGCAGUAGAAAGAGAGGGCUGGGGUAAGGGGGUAGAUUACGAGACCCUCACGGAAGCAUCGUUUGAGGAUCCGUUGGCAGAGAUCCUAACGAACCCAGAAUACCGACAAAAGGUGAAGAAAUUGUCCGAAUUGUAUCGUGAUCGACCACAAACGGCAGUCGAUACAGCCAUCUAUUGGAUCGAGUACGUGAUUCGACACAAGGGAGCUCCCCACAUGCACUACCAGGGAGCAGAUCUGAACUUCUUCCAGCAACAGUUGUUGGAUGUCGUGGCUGCAUUACUUGUUAUAGUCUAUAUUUUGUUAAAACUUCUGAAAUUUGUCUUAAAAAAACUGGCUAAACUCAUUUGUCGUAGAGGUAAGAAACAGAAAACAGCUUAGAGUAAAAAAAAUAAAAGCCCGGCUAGAGAUAAUAAAA